UCAACCUAAAGAACUAUUUUCCGAACACAAGACAAUUUUAUCGUUUUUGUAUUUAUUAAUACCAAAAAUGUGUGUAAAAUCUUCAAUUUUAGAACCAGAUUUUAGUUUAUGUUCAAAUUUUAUAAAUGCUGAUUCAUUACCUUCAGAAAUUAAAUUAUGGAAAAGAAAAUGGAUUGCAUUUAAAUAUACAUAUCGUCCAAAUGCAGCUGUAGAAUCAUUAAAUUUUUGUAACCCUGAACUUUUUCCAAACAUUCAUUUUUUAUUAAAAGUACUAGCCACACUGCCAGUUUCUACAGCAACUCCCGAACAAACUUUUUCGACAAAAAAACGCGUCAAGACAUUUUUACGAAACUCUACAGGACAAGAAAGACUAACUGGCCUAGCUCUAUUAAGUGCCCACAGAGAUGUUACGGCUAAUCCCGAAGAAGAGUUUAACCAGUUUGCUCUUCAAAAAUAUAGAAGCAUUUUAUUAGUUUAA